UCGAAUUGCCAUCUAUGCGAAUUUUAAGAUACUGUACUUGUAUAUAAGCCUGAGUUCCUCUUGUGGUCGUAUCGCUAAGAUGUAAACAACCGCGCUUGCCACGUUGCUGAAGACUUUGGAGCAUACGGCAUCUUCUGAGAUUAUACUCACACUUGUGUUCAGCAUCUCGAGAUCAAGUUUGACAUCCUUCCUUCAACAUGCGCGCUUCCCUACUCGCUGCCUUCUUGGUCGGCGCUGUUGCGUCGCCAGUGAGCCAGGUACAACAACGGCAAUCCGCUGUGCCUGUAGGAUCAAUAAUAACUAGUUGUACUGUUUCUGGAACAUUUGCCCUCACUUUUGACGAUGGUCCUUUUGCGUAUACAGCUGAGUUGUUGGACAUCCUUGCAAACAACGGUGUCAAAGCAACCUUUUUCCUUAACGGCCAGAACUGGGGCUCUAUCUACGACUACACAGCCCAGGUGCAGCGGAUGAUUAAUGACGGCCACCAAGUCGGUUCGCACACUUGGUCACAUGCAGACUUGGCGACCCUCGAUGCAGCUGGCAUCACGUCCCAGAUGACACAGCUGGAGACUGCGUUAACCUCCAUCAUCGGCAAGGUCCCGACCUACAUGCGACCUCCGUACUUCAGCACGAACUCCCUUGCGCUGCAGACCCUUGGGAACCUCGGAUAUCACGUCAUCAAUGCCAAUAUUGACACUCUUGACUAUAAUCAUGACGAUGCGACAAUUGAUGUUGCUUUCCAGAACUUCCAGAGUGGCCUCAACGCGGGUGGCACCAUAAGCCUCAUGCACGAUGUUCACGCUCAGACUGUGCACGUUCUCAUCCAGGAGUCUAUCAAUGCUGUCAAGGCAAGAGGCCUUACUCCCGUUACUGUUGGAACUUGCUUGGGAGAUGCUGCCGCCAACUGGUAUCGGCAAGCCGGCACCACUCCUCCUCCCUCGGGUGGCACGCCCAGCCCAGAUGAUACCUGCGGAGGUACCAAUGGCUAUGUUUGUACCAACAACAAUUGUUGUUCGCAAUGGGGCUGGUGUGGCUCGACAGACGAGUACUGUGCUGCUGGCUGUCAAAUCGCAUUCGGACGAUGCAAUUAAAAGAAAAGUUUUGAUGAUCAAAAAUGAUAGCAUUGGGUUAGGUAGCAUUGACACUUACGACCGAUAGAUAUUA